CCAACAUCAUUCCAGCGGACGCUGCCGCCACACAUCUCGGGCCACAGUGAGUACGAUGGCCAAGCGUUUUCAUAUUGUGUGAUUUCUGACCACACUGGCCCUAUGAGAUCCAGGUUGAUCGCUGACUUUGAGCUCAGGCGAAGCACAGUGAACACCGCCACACUGGUUUCCUUCAUGUCACGCCACAGUCAGCCAGCAAGUUGGCAAGCAAGCAGCGAUGACAGUAACGUACUCUCGCAGGGUUGCUGAUGCAGGUCUGGGGACCUUCUUUCACCUGCUUCUGCGAUGGAAGGGCAGCAUCUAUAAACUGCUCUACAGAGAGCUCAUCAUCUUCACUUUUCUCUACUACUUCUUCAGCAUUGUUUAUAGGUUUGUGUUAAACGAUGACCAGAAGAGGCUGUUCGAGAAGCUGUCAAUAUACUGUGACCGCUAUGCCGAACUCAUCCCUGUGUCCUUUGUGCUGGGUUUUUACGUCACCUUGGUCGUGUCCCGUUGGUGGGGCCAGUUUGAAAAUGUCCCCUGGCCAGAUCGCUUGGCAGCGUUAGUGGGUGGUCAUGUUCGGGGAGCUGACGAGGCUUCCAGGCUGACCCGACGAACUCUGAUGCGGUAUGCCAACCUCUCUGGUGUGCUCAUCUAUCGCUCCGUCAGCACAGCCGUCUACAAGAGGUUUCCCACCAUGGAGCAUGUGGUGCAGGCAGGUUUGAUGACGUCAGAGGAGCUGAGGCACUUAGAGGACCUGCGCUCUCCUCACAACAAGUUCUGGGUUCCCUGCAUGUGGUUCGUCAGCCUGGCUCUGAGGGCUCGGACUGAAGGUCGCAUCAACAACGACGUAGCACUCACAGCCAUUCUCACCGAGUUGAAUACUUUACGGGCGAAGUGUAUGAAGCUGUACGGUUACGACUGGAUCAGCCUGCCACUUGUCUACACUCAGGUGGCGACAGUGGCGGUCUACAGCUUCUUCCUGGCUUGUCUGAUUGGUCGUCAGUUUUUGGAUCCAGCUCAGGGUUAUCCUGGACACGAUGUGGACUUCUACCUGCCUGUUUUCACCAUGCUGCAGUUUUUCUUCUACGUUGGUUGGCUGAAGGUGGCGGAGCAACUCAUAAAUCCUUUUGGUGAAGAUGAUGAUGACUUUGAAACCAACUGGCUCGUCGAUCGCAAUUUACAGGUGUCCUUGUUGUCAGUGGAUGAGAUGUACGACAGCCUGCCACUGGUUGAGAGGGAUAUGUACUGGAAUGAGUCCGAACCUCAGCCUCCCUACACUGCUGCCAGUGCUGAACACCGCAAACCCUCCUUCAUGGGCUCAGCCCUGGAUAUCAGUGUUCCUAAGGAGGAGAUGGAGUUUCAGUCCAAUCUGGAGCAAAUCAAAGAAAACGAGGAAGCUAACUACUCCACCCCGCUGCUCGGAGGGCUGGGCCGUCUCCUCGGUGUCCAGUCCCCUAACUUUCCCCGCUCCUCCCGUGUCCCUCUGCUGCGUCGCCGCCCCGGAGCUCCACUAAGCCGCUUCCCUCUUUACCUGCACCCAGAGGCGCCCUCAACUCCAAGUCAAGGCUGCCAGCAUUUGAACCACGAGCGAGAUCCUGACUAUGCCUUCUCCACCAUGCCCAUGUAUGAGAGACCAGGUUUCUACAGCUGCCCACAAACACCCAUCCACUGUGUCCCCCCUGCGGUCCCCCGCCCUCGACCUGCCCGAAGAGCUCAAAAUGAAUGGGACCGUAGCUGCAGUUCCCUCGCUCACCCAAUGCUGGGCUCACAGCUGCUGCCUCCUGACACCCCCAACCACGUCCCUCCACCGCCAUCCUCUGCUUUCCCGUGGCUGAGUGAAGGAAGUGACAUGCCAAGUACCCCAACCUUUUCCUUCCCGGACCCUCCACCUGAACUCUGCCCAAUAUCGAAACUCAGACCUGGACACGGCCUUCUGUCCCGCCGCCCUCUACCUCCCCGCCUCACUCUGGAAACCCACCCCCCAGCUGACAGCCAGCCCGGACCCCCAAGUGCUCGGGCGGCAGGAAGCGGAGGAGAAAGGGUGUUCUCGUUCACUUCCCCAUCUCGCACAGCAGCAACAGCAAAUCCCAGUAAUCCCAACAGCAGCUCUAGCAGCAUUAAUGCAACAAGCACCAACAGCGCUGGCACAACAGGAAGUCUCUGCAAUGGUACAAGUCAUACUAAUUUUAGUAACCAUGGGAACUUCAGCGCCAACAUGAGGGCAAGCAACGGGGGCACCAACGGCAGUCUGAGCAAUAACAUGAACGCAGUUUCCACUUCAGCGGCAUCACAGCAAGAAACCAAUCAGCAAAACUCACCCAAUGAUUCAGGAAUCUCAUUGGCUGAGGGGGACCUGCUGGGAGUUCUGGUGGACGGCGGGGUUAACAAGGCGGCAGGAGGGAGGGAGCAGGACUGCGAAAACAAGGUGUGACAGUCUUUAUAUCACAUGUGGCAUUCAAAACAUUUCACACAAACAGGAAGUGAUCUAUGUUACAUUACAGUCAUCUGGAGCCCUACACACAGCUGAGAAGUAUUUGUCACAAACACUGAGUUAAUCUCCUUUUUCCUGUUGAACUCUUAUCGAACAAUUAACCUACUUGUGACGGAAAAAGCACCUUAUGAGAUUUAACCAUCAACAUGUGGAGGAAAAAUAAGGAACACUUCCCAGUUUCUUCAGGAACUCAACAAGAAGCCAAAAUGAAGAAACUAGUCUUUUUAGAGUUGUUGCCAUCAGUGUACUCUUUAAUAAAUGUCAAGUGUCAUAUGUUUGUUUUUUAAUAAAAAAUGACAACAUGAAAUUAUUUAGCAUUGUUUUAUUAUACAAGGAAGCUGUCUGUGCACAUAAAGUUCAAUUUACAACAACAAAUUUUCUGGAUUUCAUUAUGUAAAGCAACUGCAGAGAAUCAGCCUGUCCCCCUAACAAAUAGUUCAGGUAACAUUUCAUGGAUUUCACCUGUUUAUCCACAUCAGUGCAUUUAGAUAACAUCAUUUUGAAGGCGUUACAGUCCCCAUAUGCAGCGAACCCGUAAAUAUGAGGGAUGAAACUCAAAGCUGAUGCAUUUAAAAGGAAACGCUCAGUAAAAUCAUGGAAGGUUAAGUGUGUUAUUCUAAUUUCAAAGCCAGUAGUUGGUUAUCAGUAUUUGUUUUUGUCAUUAAAAGGUGGACUAAUCCAUUUACUAACGUGUCUACCAAUUCAUUUGUCACUUGCUUCACUCUUUAAAGUUUUAUUUCAUUUACAAACUAAGUCAAAGAUGCUUCUCUUUCAAGACUAAAAAAGAGGUUCAACGCAGGGAAUCAGCAGCAGCCGUCAAGGACAGACACUUUAACUAUGGCCAGUGUCGAUUUCCAGGUUUGAGGUCUCUUGUCCUUUUAACUAUCCUCAGUUACAAUCUUUGCAGGAACAAUAUAUUGUACAAAAAUGAUACAAGGUUAUCCGAAUGAGGUAUCAUUAGAUUUAAGCCUGGAUUAAAAAAAAGUAAAGAUACAAAUACU